UAUAAUUUUUGAAUUUAUAGGAGCAACUGUGCAACGUAAUAUCUGAUUCGAUCAUAAAAUCGCGCAUAUAUACCCUUUAUCUACGAUUAAGAAUUUCUUCAAUACCUUUUCCAAAUAUCGUAAAUAUUUCAGUUGAAAUUAGCUUCUACGAUAAAGUUUAGCUUACGCGUCCAAAUCAAAUUUGUUUUACCUAUUGUAUCAGAUAACGUUACUAUGUAACGUUUUAUAAAAUGACCUCGUUACAUAUGAUUAAAAUGUUAGAUACAUAGGAAACUUUGUAUGCGCUCUGCGCAUAUCUGACUGAUACGUGAGGAUAUUUAUUAUUAGUGGUAACCGAUUUAUAUGAAUCAGUUGCUUAAAAAUAUACAGCAAGGUAUAUAACUUUCUAGACGAAUGUUCUCUUUGCACAUGUAAAUACUCACGAGAAAUGUGAUAAGCAUCGGUAGAUAACCUACAUCUACAGAAAGUGAAAUAUCUAGAUCAAUGAUAUAAGGUUGUGAUAUUUAUGUGUUAAAAUAUUCAAGCUACUGUUAGAAUAAAAAAUAUGGAGGCAAUUGUAGAAUAUAACUAUGAAGCACAAGAACCUGAUGAAUUAACUUUAAAGAAAGGAGACGUUAUUACUGAAAUUAAAGUGAUGUUAGGUGGUUGGUGGGAAGGGACUUUAAGAGAUAAGCGGGGCAUGUUUCCUGAUAAUUUUGUCAAGGUAUUGGAACCUUUAUCAAGUGGAACGGUUGGAAGUACAGGAAGUGGAGGAAGCGAAGGAGCUGGUAGUACUAAAUCUGAAGAUGUCUCCUUAAAAAACGGCGGAUCUAAAAGACGAUUUUGUAAAGUGCUUUUUAAUUAUGAACCAUGUAAUAAAGAUGAACUAACUUUAGUACCCCAAGAUUCUAUAGAAUUUUUGGGUGAAGUAGAAGAGGGAUGGUGGAGAGGUAGACUUAAAGGCAGAGUUGGUGUUUUUCCAUCAAAUUUUGUUUCUCCUCCAGUUUAUGAAGAAUCUGAUAAACACAAAGAUCAAGAGAGCAGAAGGUUGUGUAAAGUACUUUUUCCUUAUGAAGCUGCUAAUAUAGAUGAAUUGACAUUAAACGAAGGAGAUAUAAUAACUCUUCUAUCUACAAAUGCUUCUGAUAAGGGAUGGUGGAUAGGAGAAUUAAAUGGCCAAGUAGGCUUAUUUCCUGAUAAUUUUGUUGAAGUAAUAAAUGUUCCAUCCGAUCAUCAAGAUCAUGAACAAAAACUUAAGGCAUCUAUGAAGUCCAUUACAAAACAUUCUCAUCAAAUAAAAAAGAAUGGAAAAGUGCACACUAGAAAAAGUUUGGAUGUAAAAGAUCUACAUGCAGAUGUAACUAAGAAAACCAUAUCAACAGGGGCAUCUUCUACGACAUCAACUUCUCCAGGAAUUGGAGGAAGUGGUGGAGAAAGGAAAAAUAUAAGUGGACAUUCAAUUACCUCGAAUUUAAAACGUCUUGUAGCUGAUGUUGGAACUAAUAAUGGUAAUGGAAAUACAAAUAUAGCUCUGGGUGAAGAAUUAGAUGGCGUAGAACGAGGAGAAGGUGCACCGCUUUCGCAUUUAACAGCUUCUCGAGCUAAAGCACCCCAUCGACGUCCACCUUCUUCACAACGUUUAAGACGCCACGUUACUGGACCACCAAUUACCACAACCACUACGACACCUGAAGAUAACUUAGCAAACGGUAAUGCAGACAUUAUAUUAGAACAAUUACGGGAAGAAGAACCUGAAGGAUUGGCUGCAAAAGCAAGAAGAAAAGCACCUUGGGUAGAGGAAUUGAAAUUGAAUCAAUUGGAAAGGAGAAAGAUUGUGUCGGUGGAUCGUAUUGAUAAAUCCGAAGAAAAAAAAGAACGCCCCAGUUCACGAGUAUUAACAACGACAAAUGUUGCUGAUUGUAUUAAUAAAUUAGAAGGGGAAAGUGAAGAAAGUAGACUGAAGGAUAAAAGUCAAAGCCAGAAAUGUGACACAUCUUUGCAUAUUGAACAAAUUUCAUCUACUCCUGGAACUCCUCCUGCUUAUGUCCCAUUUGCACUUUACAAUCAACUACUAGAAAGGGUUGUUGCUUUAGAAGAAAAGCAAGCAAUGUUACAACAAACAAUGGGACAAAUUUUGGAACAAUUUGUACCUCCUGUCUCUUCAAUCAACAGCCCUGAUUAAUCAACACAAAUUCUACAGUAUGUCUUUUCAUGUAAAAUGCUGCUAAAAUCUCAAUUUCAUUUUCCAUUAUAAAUAUCGUCGAACAGUAGUGUAUACUUACUGUAUAAUUUUUAGAAUUAUUCAUUCUAGUAGCGGCAUUUUUAAUUUGUUUCGCUAAUGUGGUAACAGUAUUUAUUUAAUUUGACUAAGUAAAUAUUCCAUAUAUCAUUCCUUCCUUGAAGAAGCAUUUUUUCAAUUUACGUCAGUUUAUCUUAUUUCACUAUAAGUAUUUUAUUUGUUACUUUCAUAUUACUUUUAAUGACAUCUCAAAGUUUCUAAAACAUAUGUAAUAUAAACUUUCCAAAUCUUUCUAUAUCUAUUAAAGGAUUAUUAGCUUCAUUACUUAAUUAAAGUAAAAAUACAGCAUAUUUAGUAAUGGAUACCUGAUAUAGAGGAUGAAUCAAUAAGAAUUACCACCUGAAAUAACUUAUCUAUUGACUUUAUUAAAAAAAAUGGUUUAAACGAAAUUUUUGUAUUCGAGAAAAUUUCGGCCAGAUGAAUAUAUUUCGAUUUCUGAUUUUCGAUUUUAGAAUGUUUUAAAUGACACUGCAUUUUUUAUUAAUAUCCUGUUUUAAUCUGUUUGAGAAUUUGAAUAAUUGACCAUCGAUACGUUUCAUAAAUUUUCAUUUAAUUUGAGAAACUCAAGGUCACUUUAAUAUUUCAAAAAAUCAAAAUACAUUCAUCUGGCCAGUCUUCUCAAAUACACCAAAUUUUAUUUCAAACAUUUUUCGAUAAAGUUAAUAGAUAACGAGUCAGGUGGUAAUACUUAUUUAUUCAUCCUGUAUACGUAUAUAGAGAUUUAUUUUAAAACAUUUAAAACAUUUUAAAAUUAAUAUGUAUAUCUUUCUAAUAUAUUUCCUUAAACUGUAUUUCAAAACUAUAGGAAUAUAUUUGUACUUAAAUUACUAAAUCAGUAAAGACUAUGCAUUUUAUAUUUUCGUUGAAAAGCUGCCUCGCAUUUAUAACGUAAUACUAAUUACUUUUAAGUCCAUUAAAUAAUUCAAGUGCCAAUAUAUUUAAUUUUCCCGUGCAUAAUUUUGUAACUCUACCAUAAAAACGUUAAUACUAUUUAGUUUCCAGAAAAAAUGCAUUAACAAAGUAUUAAAUAUACCUAUUUAAAAUGAAAUAAGUUUAAGAUAACUUAAAAUGGUGCUACAUGAUGAAAUACUUGUGAUACUUUAUAUCACGUAUUAUAAUAUGACUAAAUGAGGCAGCAAACUAUGAAUAAUAAUUUUUAUCCUAUAUGAAAUAGAGUGACAAGAUACGUUAAAGCUCACUUAAAAAACAAAUUAUAUUAAUAACUUUGUUCCAUAUAAUCACAAAAAUGUUGAAUAUUUCAAAUCUUUUUAUUUUUUUAAAUGAAGGAAAUUUUAAGUAUAGAAUGAAAUGGUUAAGGAUACGUGUAUGAAAUAAAUACAAGCAAAACAAUAUUUAAUUUUUUACAUCAGUAUUAUCUAAAAAGAAAAAAUAGCAGGUUUAUAAUAUUUCCUCCGAUUAUAAUCACAUUAUUUCAGAUUAUACGUUAGCUAUGUGCAAAUAUGUAAAUACCCAGUAUCGUAAAUGAGUUGAAGAAAACAGUAAAUUCCUAUAGUAAUUUGCAAAUGAACUACUAAAUAUACAAAAAUUCUAGUCUAAAACAAACAGAUUGCAGUGAUUAAAGGAUUCAAGUGCCAGGGCCAAUGAAACUAACACUGUCACUAUAAAUGUCGUUGUUAAUAAGUAUAUCUUUCAAAAAGUAAUGAUUUCACUGUACUUCUUAUCAGAUUUAUAAUAAUUUAUGUCUGUUUCUUUUUCACAAAAUUGUCCUAAAAUUUAAUAGAUAUAAAUUUUUUCUAAAUAUUUUAAUUUAAUGAAAACUUAAUAAACAUUAUGUUUUAAUUACAAUAUCUUUAUAAUCCUUUUAUUUGUAAUAUCUUCAUUAUAUCUAGAACGUUAGUACUUUUAUUGCCUGAAGAUACUAUUUUUGUAGUUUUCUUUUAUAUAGUUUACAGCUGAUCUACAAAUUAUAUCAUUACAUUUUGAAUGAUAUCCAAUGUAAUAUAUAAAUUAGAGUAUUAGUAUUGUACAAAAUUUUUACACAUUUCAGCUGAAUGUAGCUUAUUUAAAUGGGAUGUAAUUAUAAAUAAGUGGGAUGAAAUAGUUAUAAAAUAUAGAAUACUUCUUUUGCAUAUGAGAAGAAAGACACUAGAAGAUGUUAAAUUUUGGCAGCUUUAGAUUUAUACGUACUUUUUUUUGUUUGUUUAUUUUUAUAUGAAAUUUGUUUAUUAUCAUGAACAAUAUUAUUAUUAUUAUUAAUAUUAUUAUUAUUAUUAUUAUUAUUAUUAUUAUAAUUAAUUGUCGUUAAUUGUAUACAGAAUGUAUAUCUGUAUUUGUUUACAGAAUUUAUAUCAAGAACAAUUUCAUCUAGUAGAAGAAUUUGUAUAAUUAUGCCAUGAGUAAAAAGUUUUUUCUGAAAAUGUUUGCAUGUAAAUAAGAAAUUGCAAAAUAUUUACAUGGAUUAUUACAUGAACAUUAUAAUUAUCAGUGUGUUACAAUUCAUUGAAGAAUUUUAGAUUAUGCUUAUAAUGCAAUAGACCCUAUCUGAAAAUUUCUUUCAUGUAGCGUCUAUCUCAUAACUUCAAUACAAAAGCACAAACUUGUUGCAUAAUAGGAUUCAAAACAUUGUUUUCAUGUACGUAUUUCUUAAUAAAUUGAGCUAACGUCUUACAUUGAUCAUAUUUAAAUAAAAUUGUUGUCAUAUGUCUGCAAUAUCUAUUACUGUACAUAAGGAGAUAAUGUAUAUUUUUAUGUAUUAUAUGGAUAUUGUGUUAAAUAUGUUUGAUUUUUCACCCAUUAGUCGAACAAGUGAAGUAAAUGAAUACAAUGCAAAAUAAAUAACAUUGAAUUGGUAGUUUGAUCUGGAAAUUUAAUUUCAACAGUUAUACAAGCUACGAGUAAUUUUCAAACUAGUAUUUUUAUUGUAUAUUCGCUAAUUUUUAUCUUGUUUUAUAUCUCUGUAAAAAUAUUUUUAAAAGGAUAUGGAAGAGUUAUGUUAUUUGUUAUAAUUUUACACAAUCGAUUUGAUCUAAAAACAGCUUAGCAUACUGACCACAUUUCAGAAAUGUCCAGUAAUUGAUAUGACUCCAUACAAAAAAUAUCAUUAAUAAAUCCUUUUAUACUUUUAUAUAUUAUCACAACUGAAAGAUUAAUGUAAGAUUUUUAUGUAAAAAAACGUUUAAAUUUUACAAAAUGACAAGACUUCUAUUCGCAAAUCUAAAUUUCAUACAUCAUUGCAAAUUAACGAUAUGUGACAAUAAUAGUCCUAAGCGAAAGCAAGAAAAAUUUCCAAGUUCGUGCAUAAUAUUAAUAAUAUUUUACUAUUAUCACACAAUAAUUAUUUUCAAGUCCAUGAUAAAAUGAAGAUUUGAAUUAUAGCUAAGUCAAAUAUAUGUUCAAGUUAUGAAAUAAUUACUUAAAUACAAUAACUUUGAUAAAGAAAAACGUUGUCUUCCUUUAGUAACGAAUAUUAUAGACUAUAUAUAGACUAUUUACUACAUUAAUCGUCAAAACAACGAUCUUUCAAAUGGACUAACACCUGUAUGGUAUUAACAUGCAUUUUUUUAUAAAUAAAGCUGUAGAUAGAAACUUGCUUACAUAUAAAAUAUUUUUAAAUAUAUGAUGCAUCACACGCAUUAAAAAUGAGUAUUUCCAUUAUUAACAUACAUAUGUCGAAAUGUUUUAGUCAUUUAUAGAAUGCAAGUUAAUUGUUUCAAAUUAAUUAUGCAUAUAUCAUGUAUCAUGGAAGAUAAAUUUUUUUGGUAUGGCAAAGAAAUCAUGCUCUCCUUCUUACUAUUAUUAUUAUUAUUAUUAUUAUUAUUAUUAUUAUUAUUAUUAUUAUUAUUAUUAUUAUUAUUAUUAUUAUUGUUGUUGUUAUUAUUAUUGUUAUUAUUAAUAUUAUUAAUAUUAAUAUUAUUAUUAUUAUUAUUAUUAUUAUUAUUAUUAUUAUUAUUAUUAUUAUUAUUAUUAUUAUUAUUGUUAUUAUUAUUGUCUACAAUGUUGACUUUCUGUUUGAAGAAUGUAAAUGAUAGCUAGUAAUUUGUGAAGCAAAAGAUUAGAAUGCAUGUUGUAUUUUGUUUCAUUUCUUAAAUUUGGAUUGUGUAAUAAUUUUGAUACGAGUAUGGAAAUGAGUAAGUAAAAAUUAUUUUAUCUUGGCCGCUUAGUGUACAUGCAUAUGAAAUAAUAUAUAUAAAAUUAUAUAUAAAAUUGCAGAUUAAAUAAUAUAUAUUUUCUUCUAUUAUAAAUACAAUACCGAUUAAAUAUUUAUUGACGGAGAAUUUCAACAUACAUAUAUUAAGAUAAUUUACUAUUCGAAUGAAGUGUAGAUAUAUAUUAUUUGAGUAACAUGUUGGAAUCCAAUUUUUUUACUUUAUUAUUAAUGCUUGUAUUAAAGAUUAUUAAGCAAUGAAACUUUGACAUAAUCAAAUUGUUAUUAUUACGAUAUAUAUAUGCACAUGUAUAUAUAUUAUUUCCGAACCCUAUUAUAACCACAAAUAAAGUAUCGAUACAUCUUAAUGGUUGGUUUUAAGUCUUAAGUAAUCAGCUUAGAAAGCAUGUGAUAGAUAAUAAGUAAAUAAUUGAAAGAAGCACAAUUUUUAAAGGUAUAAUCCUAGAAUUGUAUACGUGUAUAUAAUCAACAAAGAGUGAGAAUUAUGUUUUUUCUUUCGUAUCGAUCAUUUUCAGAGCAAUUCAAAUGUAAAUAAUUUGUUAGGAAAUACUUUUUUCUGCUAGUAAUGAGUAUCAUACUUGUAACCACGUAUUAAACUUAUGUAUAUAAUUAG